AUGACCGAUUUCCACCACCACCAGCACCGCCCACACCGUAUCUCCGUCCCUCCUCGCACCACCGCCACUUAUGACGCUAACCCUAAUUCCCCUUUCCCAUAUUCAUCACCAACCCUAACCCCAGGCCUCACUCCUUCCAAAUCCAAACACCGCUCAUCAUUCUCCUUCAAUUCCAAACCAAAUUCAAAAUCCAAUUCUAAAUCCAUUUCCUUCAUCUUCCUCCUCCUCUUGUCCCUUCGCUCUCUCUACUCCCUUUUCCCUUUCCUCCGUUCCUAUUCCCCUUCAUUUUCUCUCUUCCCUUUUUCCUUCCUCGUUUCCCUUCUUUCCUUUUUCCUCACCCUCUCUUUCUCCCUCUUUUCAUCUUCCAGAGCCACUUUCCAUAAACCCAAACAACCAUCACUCUUCAAUUUUUCCACAUCAAUUACAAACUCUCAGCAGAGGAUUCUUAUAUCAAAAUCGAUUCUUUUAGCUUUGGUUUUUCUCCUACGGUUUUCGGCUCUGCGAUAUUGCAGCACUGCCGCGAUGAUAAUUGCAGAGUUUAUGGGAACUGUGACGGCUCGGCGGUUCCAGAGAAAUCGGAGAAACGGUUGGGUUGAAAUUCGCGGGUUUGUGUUGUUGUUUUCGGGAUUGUUUAUGUUGUCUUUUGGAUGGGAUAGAGCUGAGUGUUUUCCUUUGAGUAGAAUUGGGGUUGAUAAUUGUGUUAGGGUUUGGCAAUUGUUGCUUCCAUUUUUGUCUGGGUUUUUAGCUUGUUAUGAGCCGUGUGUUUCGGUUGAUAGUUAUGGGAGUUUUAAGCAAUUGGAUCGUAAACGGGUUCGGUUGGUGACAUUGUUUUUCACUACAGUUGUGCUUUUUGUUCCUGCUGUGAUUAGUUAUUUUGUUUAUGAAGCUGGCGAGGAUAGUGUUUCUUUUGGGAAUUUGGCUUGGCCUUUGGCGAAUACGGUUGUUUUCGGCGUUCUUUUGAGUGAGAAUUGUUAUAGUGGUGAUGAUUUGAUGAGUUUCAAAGAUUCGAAAAGAGAGUUUUUGGUGAUGUUUACGUGUACUUUGAUAUUGGAGCUUUUUUACUAUCCUGAUAUAUCGCUUUGGGGUUUGUUGAUUUGUGGUUUGUUGCUCUAUGUGGCUGUUAGAGAUUUAGAUUCUUUUAAUUCCGAUGAUAUUGUGUUCGGAGAUGACUCUUCGCAGUUUUUAACUGAGAUGGUUAUGAAGCCUAUUAGACAUAUCUUGAGCGAGAGGAAGUCGAGGAAAAUUGCACUUUUUCUUUUGAUAAAUGCCGGGUAUAUGGUUGUGGAGUUUGUUGCAGGGUUUAUGAGUAAUAGUCUUGGGCUGAUAUCGGAUGCGUGUCACAUGUUGUUUGAUUGUGCUGCUUUGGCAAUUGGGUUGUAUGCUUCGUAUAUAUCUCGUUUGCCUGCGAAUAACCACUAUAACUAUGGCAGAGGAAGAUUUGAGGUUCUGUCGGGUUACACUAAUGCUGUUUUUCUGGUUCUUGUUGGAGCAUUGAUAGUUGUGGAGUCGUUUGAGAGGAUUUUGGAUCCUCAAGAGAUUACGACUAAUAGUUUGUUGGUUGUUUCUGUAGGGGGACUUGUAGUUAAUGUUAUUGGGUUGGUAUUCUUUCACGAGGAGCAUCAUCAUGCUCAUGGAAUGUCUGGAUCAUGCUCACAUUCGCAUCCACAUUCGCAUUCGGAGUUACAUAACCACGACCCGCAUCAUCAUCAUCAUGAAAGCAACCGAGAAAUCAUUUCGGUUUCCAGUAGUUGCCAAGAUAAUUCAUGCUCCGGUGAUCUUGGACAUCACAAUCACUCUAGUCAUGAGAGGAAAGUCGAGUUUCAUACAGAUAGUCACCGCAUUCAGAGCAUCAAGCAUCACAACGAUGACCACCAUGAUCAUAAUAGCCAUGCCGACCAUCAUGACCAUAAUCACCAUGCUCAUAUCCAGAAGCAUGAUCACCAUGAUCAUAAUCACCAUGCCGACCAUCAUGACCAUGAUCAUAAUCACCAUGCCGACCAUCAUGACCAUGAUCAUAAUCACCAUGCUGACCAUCAUGACCAUGAUCAUAAUCACCAUACUGGCCACCUUGACCAUAAUCAUAAUCACCAUACUGGCCACCUUGACCAUAAUCACCAUGCAAGCCACCAUAACCACAGUGAGUGUCAUGAUCAUAAUCACCAUGACCAUCAGCACCAUCAUGAUGCUGACCACCAUAGUCAUGAUAUGCUGGUUCGCCAAAAGCAAAGUCAUCGCCACAUCGAUCACAAUAUGGAAGGGAUAUUCUUACAUGUUCUUGCAGACACAUUGGGGAGUGUCGGUGUUGUCAUAUCUACACUUUUAAUUAAGUACAAAGGUUGGCUUGCUGCUGAUCCAGUCUGCUCAAUUUUCAUUUCGGUUUUAAUUGUGUCCUCUGUGAUACCAUUACUCAGAAACUCGGCCGAAGUUUUGCUCCAAAGAGUUCCUAGGGCACAUGAGCACGAUCUGAAAGAUUCCUUAGCCAGUGUUUUGAAGAUAAAGGGUGUUUAUGGCAUUCAAAAGUUCCAUUCAUGGAGCUUCACCAACACAGAUGUAGUAGGAACACUGCAUCUACACGUGUCAACCGAUACCGACAAAAUAUCAGUGAAGUCUCAGGUUUCGCAUCUAUUACACAAUGCUGGAAUAAAAGAUUUAACCUUGCAAGUAGAAUGUGUUGGAUAG